GCUGCCCACUGUGAUUGUUCUAGGGGAGGAGUGAUGGGUCCUUUCUCCUCCCUUCUCUCUUCUCAUCUCGAUCUCUAUGUUUCAUUUCUUUUUUUCUUUUUUUUUGUCGUUUUUUUCAGUUUCUUUAAUUGUUUAAACCACUAACACAACUGGAAGAACUCGCCGCCCACCGUCAAACCACCCACUGCCCCGUCGUCCGCGUUUUCAUCUCACCAUCCUAUGUCUCUGGGUUGCUGCGGUUUGCACUUGGGAAGGUUUUGAAGUUCGGAUCUUGAUUUUUUCAAACUAGAUCCGCCAUCGAUCUUAUCUCUCUCUCCUCCACCGAUGGACCUCACCACCGCAUUCUCUGGCCUCAUCGCUUCUCUCCACUCUCCAUCGUGUUCUCAUAUGCUCCCUUUGCGACCGCACAUGGGCCACACGCACCUCACCGUUGGUGCUUUCCACCGUUGCAGUUGAGGAGAUUUCUGCAUCCGAAGAUCAUUCCUCCUCGUCCGAAGAUUUCUGCAUGGUUUGGCCAUUUCUUUCAGUGUUUUAAUUUCGGUCAAAGCCAAGAAGCUGAGAAGAAAAUGUUGGACUAGAACAGUUUCUGAAGCCCAAAGCCCUCACGCCAAGAUAGAUGCCUAGAAUAUAUUAUAUAUCUAUCCCGGAUCCAAGAAAGUACCAUUUCUGCAAGUAUCCGUACAUUUACCUACAAGUUCCUUUGACUUCUUUCAAUGGCCUAUAGAUCUUUACAAUUACAACCCCGUUUGUUAAAGCAUCCAUUUUGUGUGUGUUGCCGCUGUUAGUGUUGUGAUUUUGGAGCUUCUGGGUCUCUCUUUGAUUUGGUGUUCUCCCUGCGUCUCACAAGCUGCCCAAGUUUGGGAUUCAAGGAGUUGCGGUUUUAGCACGGCGUUUAAGGAAUCUGGAGGAGUAAGAAGGGUUUGGGGUUCAAUUUUUCUUGUUGAAUUUAAAGAGGCUUUAGUCGGCCCCUGAGUUUCUCUUUGGCGUCUGCUUCUUGUUGGCUAUGGGGGAUUGUGAGUCUAUGAUUCCGGAAUUAAAAGGAGAAGAAAACUUAAUUGCUGCCGCGAAACACAUUGUUAAAGCAUUGGGGUCAAAUAAGAGCCUUACAUUUGCUGAAAGGAAAAUUUUGGCAGAACUUGGCACCCAAUUGUCCACCAUGACUGCACUCAACGAAUCUAAGGAUGACGAGACCAGUGAGAUCGAAGAUCGGCUUCAUGCUGUUGAGGAAAAGAUCAUGAGAUGGGAGGAAGAUCAGUCUACCAUAUGGGAUUCAGGACAAGAAGAAGCCUCUGAGUACCUGAAUGCGGCAGGUGAAGCCCAAAAGUUGACUGAAAGGUUGGAGAGUCUGUGUCUGAAUAAAGAUGAUGAUGAAUAUAUGCUGUUACAAAGGGCUCACAACAUUCUUCAGAAGGCAAUGGAAAGGCUUGAGGAAGAGUUCAGGCACGUGCUUGUUGAGAACAGGCAACCAUUUGAGCCAGAACAUGUGUCAUUUCGAUCGACUGAAGAGGAUGUUGUGGAUGGGGUCUCGAUUAUCUCUUUUGGGGAUGAGUCAGUUGAGGACUCUGUCCAGAGAGACAGAGACAGUGUCAGCAGGGCCUCGGAGGAAUAUAUCAUUGAUUUGAUCCAUCCGGAUGUGAUUCCUGACCUUAAAUGCAUUACAAACUUGAUGUUCAAUUCGAAUUACGAUCAGGAAUGCUACCAGGCUUAUACCAGCGUCAGGAAGGAUGCCUUGGACGAGUGCCUCUUCAUUCUUGAAAUGGAGAAACUAAGCAUUGAAGAUGUGCUGAUGAUGGAGUGGGUUAGCUUGAAUUCCAAGAUCAAGCGAUGGGUUCGAACAAUGAAGAUAUUUGUGCGGGUCUAUCUUGCUAGCGAGAAAUGCCUCAGUGAUCAAAUUUUUGGGGAGCUUGGACCAGUUAAUAGUCUAGUUUGUUUUGUUGAGGCAUCUAAGGCUUCAAUGUUUCAGCUUCUGAAUUUUGCUGAAGCCAUGUCCAUAGGCCCUCACCAACCAGAGAAGUUGUCUCGCAUUCUUGACAUGUAUGAGGUGCUUGCAGAUCUUCUUCCAGAUAUAGAUGCUUUAUACUCAGAUGAAGCUGGUUCUUCAGUUCGGAAGGAGUGUCAUGAGGUUGUAAGGAGAUUAGGUGAUUCUGUAAGGGCAACAUUUCUCGAAUUUAAGAAUGCCAUUGCAUCAAAUGCAUCAACAAACCCUUUUGCAGGAGGCGGAAUCCACCCUCUAACCAGAUACGUAAUGAAUUAUAUCAAGAUUCUAACUGACUACAGUGAUACCCUUAAUUUGCUCCUCAAGGACCACAAUGAAGAGUAUCCCGGUUUGUUGUCACCUGACAUGAGUCCAACUACAGAAGAGGAGAGCAAAAGUGGAAGUUCUUUACGCAGGAUGUCGCCAAUGUCUUCCCACUUGCUAUCAAUUGCUUUAAUUCUGGAGAGAAGCCUUGAUGAUAAAUCCAAGCUAUACAAGGAUGCUUCGCUGCAGCACUUCUUCUUGAUGAACAACAUUUAUUACAUGGCUCAAAAGGUCAAGGGGUCUGAGCUGAGGGAUAUAUUUGGAGAUGAAUGGAUUAGAAAGCACAACUGGAAAUUCCAACAGCAUGCAAUGAAUUAUGAGCGAGCUAGUUGGAGUUCAAUCCUCUCGUUGCUUAAAGAUGAGCGGAUUCAAAAUCCCGGUUCAAAUUCUAUCUCAAAAACUCUUGUUAAGGAAAGGAUGCGGAGCUUUUAUCUUGCAUUUGAGGAAAUUUACAAGGCCCAAACGGCAUGGAUUAUCCCAGACUCUCAGCUUCGAGAAGAUUUACGAAUCUCAACAUCCCUCAAGGUGAUCCAGGCUUAUCGGACAUUUGUGGGAAGAUUUGCCAAUCACAUAAGUGACAAGCAUAUUAAGUACAGUGCAGAUGAUCUUGAGAGUUAUCUUUUGGAUCUCUUCGGGGGAUCUCCAAAAUCAUUACAAAAUAGCCAUAGGAGGUGAUAAGCAAAGUUUGAGUUUCAUUCUAGUCCCCCCCCAUGAGUGUCCACUGUUUCCAGUAUGUGUAAUCUAGUCUUCUGGCUGAAAAUUUAAUAAUUGUAAGCUCUUUGUUUCUUUGUUCAUUACAGAAUUGCUUGCUAUAGGAGGUGACAAAGCAAGUUUCAUUCUAGUCCCUCUAUGAGUUCCCUGUUUCCAGUAUAUGUAAUCUAAUUUGAUUGAAAAUAUUUGUAUGAUGAGCAAGUUGGGUUUCAUUGUAGCCCCUCCCAUCA